AUGCUUAAGUCCAUUACAGAAUUGUACGAUCAAGAAAUACAGCAAAUCAAAUAUUUCUUAUAAUGUAGUUCUGUUGAUGACCAAUAAAAGGGUUUUGUUAGAAGCGAUAUCAAGCAGCGUUGCCAACAUUCAUAAAAACAUCUGAAAAUUACCCGAAGUCAUAACAUCAGCCCUAGCCUAGGCUAAUAUGAUGUCUCUUACAAAGGACUUGAUACUCAUCGAUAUGAAGUCAAUUUUGGGAGCCCAAGGGGUGUUCAAAAACCAACAGACGAGAUGCCAAGGACUGUCAGGAUUAGUCCUUUUAACAAUCAAUUAAAAUAGCAUUCUAUUAAGGGUGGAACUGACUUUGAAAAAUAAGUUAGCCGAGAAUAGAUGUAUUUGAUUAGAGGUUGGCUUAAAUUUGAUAAGAGCAUGCGUGCUCCCAAAAGAUCUUUGGAGGAAAAAUUGCGUUAACUUGAAGUUGGUCAAGAAGCCUUGCUCAAAUUCCCAUCUAUAGAUGUAAAGGAAAAUCCCUUAUUAUAAAUGAAAGUUUCUCAUCUACCUCAUGAUUAUGAGAAGAUGAGAUAAAUUAGCAGAUAAUACCUGUAAAAAUACCAUAUUAAAGAAUCAGCUUUAAGAUUCUAUAGCCCAUGA